GAUAUGUAAACAUAAUUAUAGUUUCCGAACGAACACCCGUCACUUAGUUCAUCAAUCCUGUCACUAGUGUCGCUACUGUCAAUGCGAAAUCGAAAAUUGCUCUUAUCAUUGUUGUGAACUUUUAAUUCGUAUUAAAACUAAUAAUUAACUAUUCUAUUCGGCGUAUUAUUUCCUCAGGUUAUGGGCCGUCCCAUAAACGCAAUAUAGAACUGAGGUUAAUUAUCUGAGUUUCGUAAAAAAGUCAGUACAACUAGAAAUACGUGGAAUAAUUUGUACCGGGAACAAUGGCUACGUCUAACUUGCAAAUUGAGAAAUUAGCCGGUCGAGAAAACUACUCGACGUGGAGGUUCGCCGUCAAAUCGUAUUUGGAGCACGAGGAUUUAUGGGAAUGUGUUGAUCCGGGAAAUCCAGUGGAUUCCAAGAAAGACAUCAAAGCCAAGUCCAAGAUAAUUUUAUUAGUGGAGCCAAUCAACUAUGUUCACAUUGAAACGGCAAAAUCAGCUAAAGAUGUGUGGUUUAGCUUGCAAAAAGCAUUUGAGGACUCCGGGUUGUCAAGAAAAGUGGGAUUGUUACGUGAUUUAAUCAACACAUCGCUUGAUAAUUGUUCAAGUAUCGAAGAUUAUGUGAAUAAGAUUAUGGGCACUGCAUACAAAUUAAGAAAUAUAGACUUCAAAGUAGAAGACGAGUGGCUAGGCACACUCAUGCUGGCAGGUUUACCCGAUAAUUACAAACCAAUGAUCAUGGGUCUGGAAAGUUCCGGCGUUAAGAUAUCAUCAGAUUUUGUCAAGACUAAACUUUUGCAAGAAGUCAAAGGUUCGGAGUCGUCUGCGUUCUUGGCUAAAGGGAAGAGUACUUCUUAUCAAAAUCAAAUUACAAAACCCAAAGGAAAAGGUCCGCGUUGUUUCAGCUGUAAUCGGUAUGGACAUUUCAAGAAUCAGUGUACAGCGAAGAAGCCGAACAAUGUUCAACAUGGUUUUUCAGCAGUUUUUUCAGCUUGCAGUCCUUCGAUAAACAAGGAUGAUUGGUAUGUUGAUUCUGCUGCGACAAUGCACAUGACAAGGCGUUCAGACUGGAUGUAUGACUUCAAACCACCUCCGGUUGACAAGAUAAUGGUGGCAAACAAGGAUUAUGUCAUAGUUGAGAAAAUGGGUAAUGUAAACAUUCAAACAGGCUCAUGUAAAGAUGGUUGUCCUAUCCAGCAGCUUCCGGCAUCAGACACCAGACCAGUGCACCGUACACUCAUGAGCAGAACGGCCUUGCGGAGAGGAUGAUGAGAAGUCUGGUGGAGCGUGCAAGAUGCAUGCUUUUUGAGGCAAAGCUGAAAAAAAAUCUGUGGGCUGAAGCAGUUGCCUGUGCUGCUUAUGUCAUCAACAGAUCACCGUCACGAGUUUUGGAUGAGGUAACACCAUACGAGAAAUGGACAGGUAAGAAACCUAACAUUUCACACCUUAAGAUAUUUGGUACUAAGGCUAUGGUACACAUUCCAAAAGAAAAACGCCUAAAAUGGGACCGCAAAUCACAAGAAUUAAUUUUUGUAGGCUACUGUGAGAACACAAAGGGCUACAGGUUGCUAAAUCCUACAAAUGGAAAGACAGUGAUUAGUAGGGAUGUUAUAUUUAUUGAGAAUAGUAAGAAUACUAAAAAUAUGACAGAGGAGCCUAUUUCAGGGUCACAGGACCCCAUUUCAGGGUCACAGAUGGCCACAGUCUCUCUUAGUUCAG